UUGCUGCUCGUUUUCUCCAUUUCAGGUCAAUGCAAGGCAGUAUCACAGCACAAGCGUUCAGCUUCGACCAGCAGUUUAAGCCCUAUCAAAAGGAUGAGUUCGUUAUGGUAGUUUUGAGCUCUUUAUAUAUUGAACACUUUUCGUUCUCCCACUUUGAAAUGAUACCUGUUGGAAGCCGACGAGAUGAAAAGUGCUGGAGUGGUGUUACUGCUCCCUGCCUGCUCGCUUUCCCCUUGAAAGCAGGUGAUGGAGGCACGGUGCCCGAAGUCGUGUUUUGUGGGCUAACUGUGCUGUUCUCUGAAAGUAUUUCAGUCUGUCCUCAUGUUACUCUGUUCUAAGACGGAACAGUUUAGUCAUUCCAGCCUCAGAAUGGCAAUCUGAAUUGGAUGCUGGCUUUAGCCACCACACUUCAAGUUGGGAAAUCUGCCCGAGGUCUGACUUUACACAGCUUACGUGCAGUCUGUCUCUUAGCUCACAGCUGUGACUGCUACGCACUGGUAAAUACACAGUGCAGCCAGGCGUGGUACCACGUGUCUGAAAAUUGUGAUGUUUUUAAAUUAACUGGAUACCUUUAUUUAAGGUAGAUUUGUGAGCAUUCGGCUUUCUGAGACUCAAUUAUCUUGCUGACUUGUUCUCGACUUGUCUGCAAAUCUGUUCAUCUGGUUGCGAGUAGAAAAAAACCACAGAAUGGUUUGUGUUGAAAGUGACCUUAAAGAUCAUCUUGUUCUACGCCCCUGCCAUGGGCUGGCUGCCCCCCACCAGCUGAGGCUGUCCAAGGCUCUAUCCAGCGUGGCCUUGAGCAACUCCAGGGAUGGGGCAGCACAGCUCUGUGGGCAGCUGUGCCACGGCCUCUCUGCCCUCUGCCUGACAUCUACCCAAAUCAUCAUCUAGGACUUUAAAAACAGCAUGAUUUGGGUGUUUUUUUUUAAACUUUGUUGACUUAGAAACUUUUUAUUCAGUUUAUGUCUACUUUAUAUUGCUGUCUUGGUUGAAUAAUUGGGCCUCUUGGUAUUUUAAAGGAAUUCAGAUGGAAAUAUACCAAUAUUUCAUCUCCCACUGAAAAACAUUGCAAAUGAUUGAAGUUUUCCAAGUACGCAUUUAGGUUUUCAACGCUUGUCUCUUUUGAAUUAAAAGUUUAAAAAUUUCACUAAGAAAUGAUAAAUUCUCAGUAGCUGUCAAUUAACUGAGAGUGAAAAAACCAUUAUUUUACAUAGUCUGGUCUCUCUGUGUCCCUGAAAGGUGAUAAAGAGAUUUGAUGAUGUGGAGACUGAAAAAUCCAUCAUUUUCUUUAGCAGUUUGUUAGUGAUUUUUCACCCUGGUUGUGAACAUAUGCAUAACUGUAUGUUUUCUUAACUGACUUAUCUAUCAUUUAAACUUGUUGGCUGUCAACAGUACUAUGCAUUUUUCUUUUUUAUUGAUAUGAAUUAUUAAGAUGCAAUAUUCAAAUCUCACUGUCAGAUGUUUUUUCCAUCCCUUCAAUAACAUAAUUGGGUAUUUUGCAUCUGUUGAAUCAUUUCUAUCUGUUUACGUUUGACCACGCUUCAACUUUAUUUACAAAAUGUAAAUUUUAGCAUUUCUUUUUUUUUUUUUUUAAUUUCUAAAGCAUUCCAUGCAGAUGUAGAAAUCUUUCAUCCCUUUUCCCUUUUUCUGAACUUCCAAGGAUUUCUUUAAUCUUUUUUGUCUGUUACUGGACUGUAAAUCCUUAAUGUAAAAUCUUCAUAUUACACACAUAGAUGCUGGUGAGGAUAUCUUGCAUAUAUAAAGGACUUGAGCUACACAGUUACAGAAACAUGUAUCUGGUGGUAUUUGGUAUCAAACUGAAAGAUCACACAGCAUGUACUUACUAAUUGGAUCCUUGCAGUUUGUUUUGAAAGAAUCUAUGGCACUAUCUAUGAUGAUUUUAUGUUUAAUUAAAUUAACUCUUAUUCUCUUAUUUGAAUAUUAUAGGCGUUUUUUAAUGAUCAGAAUGUGAUCUCCAAUUUAAAGUUGCUCUCAGCUUCAGGACAUUGGACUACAUUGGGAAAUUCUGAAUCUCGAGGUUCAACUCUCAGGUCUCAGAUGGAGAACAGCGGCUUCCAGUACAUUCGAACUUUUCCACUUGCAGUUUACUUUUCUGAAUUACUGAAUAGGACACAAACCCUCUCCCUUUCCCCAAUACAAAAGCCUGUAAUAGCUCAGUUUCUUAUAACUUGAGCUGAAUAACUGGGAAAAUAAAAGAUGUCUCCUUUAUUUCAAGUCAUUUGAUAUCUGAUUUUUAUUAAUUUUGAAUCGGUUUUUGAUUUAUAGGUCUUUACAAAACAGUUUCUAUGUUAGAGGCUGAUUUAGCUUGUUGUAAAUCUCAUAAAAUUAAAUUUCUAUUCCUGUGAAAGGAAUCCAAAGCACUAGAAGUUAGAGGAGCCUGUGGGUAAAGGACUGGAAGUUAGCGAAAAUGAAUAAAUCGGUGAAGAAAAAAACCUCUUUUUCCCCUUAGGUUAUAAGGCCUGAAGUCAUGCUUUUUCCAUCUGGCGGUUUCGGAGGUGUAAUUUGACUUGGUAGUUUCUGUAUGGGCAGCUAAGAGAAUGUCCAAAACAUUUGUUAUUGCUUUUUAAUAACCAAAGGUACCUUUUUUCAUACCAUAUCUUUGGAUGUGAAGCUAAGCAAUUAACCACCAAGCAUUUCACUAUAACUCACUUUCUCUACAUCAUAUUGGCAUGCAAGUUGUUUUUUGGUUUUUUUUGUUUUGCUUUUUUGGCUCAAAUAAACAUUUUCAAGCAUAUUUUCAAGCUCCUCUUUAAUUGUUUUUCUUAGAGUGGAUUGGAUAGGUGGUAGGAAUUCUAUGGAUUUAUGAAUCAAAAUGCUGAUCUGAAUUAACCUAUGAAUAAUUUCUAUGGAUAGUAUCUGGGAGAAACGUCAGGGAUUGUUGGAAACAUAGAGGGAAGAGAAAUGUUAGCUUAUGCGACGUGUGUGAAGAUUAGGAUCAGAAGGAAGUGAUACAUGGGCUUAGAAGCAUUACAGUUCAUAGAUCCCCCUCUUUUUUUUAAUUUAUCACAAAAGGCUUCAAGUGAAUCUUUCCUUUCUAUUCCAGAUUCCAAAGUGACGAAAAUUGAAGCUACUUUAGUGCCCUGUACACAGACUUCCAUGUCAUUUUUUGAUCGGCUCUACACUGAAGGAAUUGUUAGAGAAAAUGGAGUCAUUGUAAAAUGUUACGAUGAAUAUUACGAUGAUAUCCUUAUCUCUGAUGAACUAAGGAAGGUUUUGCUUCUGGAAGAUUCAGAUCAUUAUGACAUAUUUAGUGAAUCAGACCGCAAGGAAUUUCUGUUCUGUCUUUUUAAACAUCUUUGUAUUGGAGGAACUCUGUGCCAGUUUGAAGAUGUACUUGGCCCAUACUUAGAAACUACAAAGGCUUUAUAUAAAGACUUGGUGAGUGUUCAAAAGAAUCCUGAAACAAAAGAAAUAAGCAUUACUUCUACUGUCUUCAGAGUGUCUGCAUAUGCCAGCACUGAUGCAGGGACAGCCGGAGCCCUGACCCCUCAGCACGUCCGUGCUCAUUCCUCUCCAGCAUCCCUGCAGCUGGGGGCCGUGUCCCCUGGCACGCUCACACCCUCUGGAGUAGUGACUGGACCUGGAGCGCCGUCUUCUCAGCAUCUCCGCCAGUCUUCGUUUGAGAUCCCUGAUGAUGUACCUCUGCCACCGGGCUGGGAGAUGGCCAAGACACCAUCUGGACAGAGAUACUUCCUUAAUCAUAUUGAUCAAACAACAACAUGGCAAGAUCCCAGGAAGGCCAUGCUUUCCCAGAUGAAUGUUACAGCUCCCACCAGUCCUCCCGUGCAACAGAACUUAAUGAACUCAGCAUCAGGCCCACUCCCCGAUGGAUGGGAACAAGCUAUGACCCAGGAUGGAGAAAUUUACUACAUAAACCAUAAGAACAAGACAACAUCUUGGCUAGACCCAAGGCUUGACCCACGCUUUGCCAUGAAUCAACGAAUCAGCCAAAGUGCUCCGGUGAAACAGCCACCCCCUCUGGCUCCUCAGAGUCCCCAAGGUGGCGUCAUGGGUGGGAGUAGCUCCAAUCAGCAACAACAGAUGAGACUUCAGCAGCUACAGAUGGAGAAGGAAAGGCUGAGACUGAAGCAUCAAGAACUGCUUCGGCAGGUGAGGCCACAGGCAAUGCGGAAUCCCAGCACAGCAAAUUCUCCAAAACAUCAGGAAUUGGCUCUCCGUAGCCAGCUUCCAACAAUGGAACAAGAUGGUGGAUCUCAAAAUCCCGUAUCAUCUCCUGGAAUGUCUCAGGAACUGAGAACAAUGACUACAAAUAGUUCUGAUCCCUUUCUUAACAGUGGAACAUAUCACUCCAGAGAUGAAAGCACAGAUAGCGGACUUAGCAUGAGCAGUUACAGUGUACCCAGAACCCCAGAUGACUUCCUGAACAGUGUUGAUGAGAUGGAUACAGGUGACAGUAUCAGCCAAAGUAACAUACCGUCCCAUCAGAACCGAUUCCCAGACUACCUUGAAGCCAUUCCAGGGACAAAUGUGGACCUUGGGACACUGGAAGGAGAUGGGAUGAAUAUAGAAGGAGAAGAACUGAUGCCAAGUCUGCAAGAGGCUUUGAGCUCUGACAUCCUAAAUGACAUGGAAUCUGUCUUGGCAGCCACCAAGCUAGAUAAAGAGAGUUUUCUUACUUGGUUAUAGGGGCCUCAGGGAGACUGAAUUCUAAUUCUGUGAAGGAUCUAAGGAGAAUAGGACAUCUGUAUCUGAAGUUCAGAACAAGUCAGUGUGGCACACUUUGGCUUGUGUUCAGAAAAAGUAAAUGAACAAAUAUUCAGCAAGAUUCUUUCAUUUUGCUCUUCCUUGUCCAUCGCUGCUGUUAUAUAUUGCUGACUUUUUUCCACAGUUGACUCUGAAGAACAGACAUCUUCUUGACCUUUUUCUAUUGCUGUUGCAACUACUGUUGGGGGGUGGGGGAGGGAAUGAUGAGCCUAUUUGAAUGACGAAUGCCAUUCCUUUUGUCCUAGUGUGCGCUUGCAUAUCAUUUUUAUCUAAGUACUCAGAUGUGAGAGUAAAUUUCUGCAUGUCACUGCUUGUAGUUUGCUCAGCUAGUUGUCUCCUGCUGCCUGUGGAAAGUGGUAAAACGUGACAUACUGGGGUGACAAGCCAAAAAUGAUGUAUCUGGUCAAAUGAAGUCAAUACUGAUUUGGAGAUAUGACUUAAAGGAGGGCUGAAAACUGGCAUUAAGUGUUUCCACUAGUAGCUCCUUCAUUAGCCACAAAGUGCUUUUGUUCAUAUUUUAUGUUAUAGUAAAUCAUGAGUCAUUUUACAUAGAAACAUAUAUGAACUUUGAUUGUUGCCACUUAUUCUAGCCUAACUCUUGUUUGUCAAAAAUAGUUUGAUUAUUUUUGUUAGUUGAUUUAAGUGUAGCUAUAGGAUGGGAAGUAAUUUUAGGUGUUCUUUUUUUAAAUAGUGAAAUCUAAGGUUUUUUUCUGAUUUCACAUAGUCUUAUUUAAAUCUGAAUUGUCUGCUUUUUUUAUACCCAAACCAUGGCUAUUGUAGCGCAAUAAGCUAGUGAGUGCAUAAAACAGUGCGUUUUGCCUGCAACUUUUCUAUUUUUUUUAAAGGCUAGCUUUGAAUGUAGUCCUUAGAAUCCAUGACCAGUGGCUUAUUUUUCAUGUUUCUUUGCAAAAUACUGAAUUAGAAGCUAAGUGUGCUAUUUACCAUUCUAAAAUGCAUCUUAAAGUAGCAGAAACAAUUUUACAGUGACUGAUGCGUCCAAUCUCUCUUCUGGUUUUCAGUUUUGUAUCUGAAUGAGUUUAGAUUCUUUGAUGGGAAAAAACUUGCUGAAAAUUUUCUCCUGAGUGAGCGUGGGAAAAUGGUCUGAACUAUGAAUAUCACUGUAAGUUGCAAUGAAAAGGCUAGAACACCAAAAAAAACAAGAAUCCUCAGUAAAAACUCUGAAGUGUAA